GUGAGAAUUAACCACGACACAUCGCAAUAUCCAAAACACGGGCCGAUCGAUAGAAACAACACAAGAUGCCUCCCCAGACUCAAAGCAAGCCAAAAACAACCCUCACGUCCUUCCUGCGGCGUGCUCCCGGCCCGCCCUCCAGCGAGCUCACCAGUGACCCCUUCGUCCCUCUGCCGCCCUCCUCCACUCCCUUCCGUGGCAGUCCAGCACCACCCCCGCGCGUCCUCGCGGUCGAAAUCCCGCUCUCGACUCUCCGUCCAAUCGCCUUCCGAGUAUUCACAAAAAAGCACAAUCUCACACUAAAAUCCGACGCGUUAACGCUGUUAUGUCAAUUCGUUGGGCGCAAGUGUGGUGCCGACUGGCGAGACUCCGGGGCGGGAGAGAAGCUGCUCGAUGAGGUUGCACGUAGAUGGAAAAGGACGGAGGUCGCCGGCAAGAUUUUGGUGGAUGGAGGCGAGGCUUUGAAGACGGUGCUCAAGGGAAUGGAUGUACCGGCGGCUGCGGACAGGCCGGGGCUUAGCAGGAGUAAUUCGUCGCUGUUGGAGACGGGCGCCGAGAUUCCAAGUAGUAUGCUCAUGGGAGGGGGUGCUGAACCAGAUGUCGAGAUGGCGGAAGAGGAGAGGGAUGAGAUUGAGGAUGGGGUGGAUCCGGCGGAGUUCUUCAAGGUCGUGGAUGCGUUUGACCAGCCAAAGAUUGUCUACAGCGCGGUGAAGAAGAUGUUUGAGCGUGGCCAGAAACCAUCACUAUUCCCACCUCCGGCCGCCAAAACCACGCUCUUCCGUUCUCGAUAUCACACGCUGCACUCCCGACUCCUCCGGAAUGAAUCCUUCCUCGCCCCCACCUACAGCAAAUCCACCGCCUCCGCCCCAACAUCCAACUACAAACUCACACCGAUCUCGGCGUUGCUGGGACGAGCAGGCAAGAAUUUCCUCCUCUUCGGCAUGCUCGGACACUCCCCUUCCGGCACUCUGUCACUCUACGAUCCUACCGGCGACAUUACCCUCGACAUGACUGUCGCCCAACCGGUGCCGGACACCAACGCCAACUGGUUCUGUCCGGGGAUGUUCGUGAUCCUCGACGGCGUGUACGAAGAAGACGGCCGCUUCACCGUGUAUACAGCGCUAUCGCCACCGCCAGAGCGCCGCGAAAUCAGCGCAGACAUCUACGGCCAUGUUGACUUCCUAGGCACGGGGAUAACGCUGGACAUGUCCUCAGCCAACCACGGCGGGCAGCAAGGCCGCAUCAUGCGAAAACUCGAAGCGGCACUCACGCACGUGCAGUGGGUUGCCGCGGGAGAACUCGCCCUCGACGUUCCGCGCACAUUCCAAGCGCUCCGGCAGCUAUUCACGCACUACGCCGACGAUCCGCCCAUGCUAUUCAUCCUCUCGGGGAACUUCUCAUCCAUCCCGAUUGCGCCGGGGGACGCCAACUCGAUCCGGGGGUACAAGGAAACCUUCGACACACUGGCCACGCUCCUCGCCGACUUCCCGGGAAUCUGCACCCAUUCCACCCUCCUCUUCGUCCCGGGGGACAACGAUCCCUGGGCCUCGCACUUCUCGGGCGGCAGCGCAACUGCAUUCCCGCGCAAAUCCGUCCCGGAAGUCUUUCUCAACCGCGUCAAGCGCGUGGCCAAGAACGUCCGCUGCUCGAGCAACCCGUGCCGCCUCGGCUACUUCACGUCCGAGAUUGUGGUGUGCAGAGACGACGUCGUGUCCCGUCUCCAGCGCUCCGCAAUACGCUUCAGCAAGCCCCCCGUGGAGGACAUGGAAAUGGAAGGCGACAACGCCGCCGGACCCACACAGACCCCGACACCGGCCGCAACAGCGGUGGGGACUGAGGAUAUCACCCUCGCUAGGAAACUCGUCAAGACCCUCCUGGACCAGGGACAGCUCUCGCCGUUUCCCGUGUCAAAACGUCCUGUCCUGUGGGAUUUUGCGCCGCAUACGCUCAGUCUCUACCCACUCCCCACAGCUUUAUUCCUCGUCGACCCCUCUACACAGCCGUUCACGGUAACCUACGAGGGCUGCCAUGUAAUGAAUCCGGGCAGGUGUGUGCUGCGGCAUACGGCUAGGUGGAUCGAGUAUGCGCCGGCGAGGGGGAAGGGUGUGGUCAUCGAAGAGGGGUUUUGAGCGUAUGUACUGGGGAUAUGUAGAACCGGUGGAUUUACCAAUAGACGGAUGGAUGGCC